GUGGUGGAAAUGAUAUCACGUGUAACUAACAUGAAAACAUAAAUUAAUAAAAAAAUGAAUCAACUAUAAUUUAAUGUGAUAUAAAGAGGAGAGGUGCUUGCUUACUUCUUCGUAUCAUAAGUCUCACUUCCUAUUUGUCAAUGGAGGAGCAAAGAUAUGCAGUUGUCACAGGAGGAAACCGAGGAAUCGGACUUGAAAUAUGUCGUCAACUUGCUACAAAUGGAGUUAAGGUGAUAUUAACAUCUAGAAAUCAUAGUCGUGGGGAAGAAGCUGUGAAGAAACUCAACGAAUCUGGUCUUUCUGACGUUGUUUUCCAUCAACUAGACACCAACGAUCCAUCUAGUAUCGCGUGUUUAGCUAAAUUUGUCCAAACACAAUUCGGGAAGCUAGAUAUCUUGAUCAAUAAUGCAGGGGAACUUGGGCUUGUUAUACUCGAUGCAAAAGAAUUUAGAGACGGAGGAGGGUUUGUACAAGUCGUGGAUGAGAAGGCGCAUCUUUUAUCCAACAUUAUCGAGGAACCUUACGAAUUGGCAGAAAAGUGUCUGAAGACAAAUUACUAUGCAACUAAAAAGGUUACAGAAUCAUUUAUUCCUCUUCUCAAACUAUCUAAAUCCCCAAGAGUUGUGAAUGUUACCUCUGGCUAUGGACACUUAUACUGGUUUCACAAUGAAAAGUUGGUAGAAGAGUUGCAAGAUAUUGACAACCUAACCGAAGAAAGGAUAGAUGAGAUAAUCCAAUGGUUUUUGAGUGAUUUUAAGGCUGGUAAGUUGAAGGAGAAUGGAUGGCCAGUAACAGUCUCUGCUUACAAAGUUUCAAAAGCUGCUCUUAACGCUUACACAAGGCUCAUGGCAAGAAAACAAGACAAUAUUCUUGUGAACUGUGCACAUCCCGGGUAUGUAGUAACAGAUAUGACAUCUCAAACUGGAGCUAUGACAGUGGAAGAAGGUGCUAAAGGCCCGGUAAUGGUUGCUUUGUUGCCGGAUAACGGGCCUUCUGGUGCAUACUUUCAUCAAACAAAGAUAGCUCCGUUUUCAAUACCAGAGUAUGCCAGUUUUGUAAAAGCAUUUUAUGAGGGGAAAUGAUAUUAAUAUGUAACAAUGUUACUUCUUUUUCUUUUACUGUUUUUAGUUUGUUCUUCGAAUCUUAAGUUUUGUUAUUCUACCUAUUUGGUCAAUGUGUGGGGUUUUCUAUUGGGACUACAUAUCCGCUGCCCUAGUAUUUUAUCUUCUUCGAUGUAUUUAGUAUUUAGUUAUAUUAUAUUUUUUGUUAUGUAUGUACAAACUUGUGUUGUAUAUAUCAAACUUAAACAAAUAUAUCAUAUUCAGUCGUA